GAGACUCUGUCAGAGUGCGAGGAUUCUCUGGCUACAAACAGCCAGGGUACACACUGUAACCCAUGCAGCACAGAGACCAACAGGGGCUGAUUCAGCUUCUGAGAGACAGAAGGAAAAGUAAACAGGGGAGACCGGAGUGACAGCAUUUCUGUGUGUGCUUGACUGUGAAUGUGUGUGUGCGUCAGAGUGUGUCUGCACCCCAGCAGACAGCAGCAGCCGCCCGCAGGUCACCCAUGGAACUGUCAGAGGAUCCAAGGUCGAGGGUGCCAGACGAGGAUCCCCCACUUCCACUGCCCUGCGUGUCCCAGCUGAAAAGGAGCAGCUACAGUGGAGUCCUGCAGCCGGGCUACUCAGCAUCCGUCCUCCUACGGCGCAAGGACCAGCUGGAACGGACGCAGCAGAAGUGCAUUGCCAUCUUUGCCCUUCUGUGCUGCUUCACUGUGCUGCUGGUACUGAUCUUCUCAUCAGUGGACAUUUGGGGGGACAGCGAGGAUGGAAUCACAGAAGAAAACUGCAGCAAUGACUGCCGCAUUGUGCUUGUGGAGAAUAUUCCAGACGACCUCUCUCUCUCCAUGGAUGGUAGCCUUCCCCUCUCUGCUGGCUUUCACACACUGCUGGACCAGGCAAAGUACUCAGUUGAGGUGGUGUCAUCUGUCUGGGAUUUAAACCCCUGGAACCUGCAAACAAUACCAAGCACUGCCAAACAGGGUCAGCUUUUGUUCCAGAGACUGCUCAGCCUGAAAUCUCGUGGGGUUAAAUUGAAGAUUGCCAGCAGUCUGACAAACUCCAGUGAACUGAAAAGCUUGGCAGAACACAGUGCAGAGGUUCAUUUUGUUAAUAUGACAGCCUUUACCAGAGGAGGACUGCAUUCCUCAUUCUGGAUAGUGGAUCGGACGCACAUUUACAUCGGGAGCGCUGAUAUGGACUGGAGGUCGCUCUCCAAGAGGAAAGAGCUGGGAGUGGUGGUAUAUAACUGCAGCUGUCUGGCUCUGGACCUCCACCGAGUCUUCUCCUUUUACUGGCAGCUCCACGAAAGGGACUAUAUCCCCUCCAUCUGGUCGAAGAGAGUUACAGCCCUCUACGGGAGGCACGAGGCCCUGGAGCUGCAGCUCAACGCCACCCCGGCCGCUGCUUAUGUGUCUACCUCUCCCAAUCUUUUCUGCUCCAAAGACCGCACCAGAGAUAUAGAUGCCAUCUAUGAAGUCAUCCAGAGUGCAAAGAAGUUCGUCUUCAUUUCUGUGACAGACUACCUCCCUCUAGUGAAGAGGAGUUUCAGAGGAACCUCAAUCACGAGGUACUGGUCACCUAUUGAUGAGGUCAUCAGGGAGGCUGUGGUACUGAGAGGAGUCAGAGUUCGUCUGCUCAUAAGCUUCUGGAAGAGGACUCACCCCCUCACGUUUAACUUUGUGACCUCGCUCAAGUCGCUGUGCAUGCAGCUUCACAACUGCUCCCUAGAGGUGAGGUUUUUUAGUCACAAGGAGCAGAAGGACGACAUUCAAUUAGGGCUCAACCACAACAAGUACAUGGUGACUGACAAUGCUGCCUACAUCGGGAACCAUGACUGGGUUGGGAGUGACUUUGCCUUGAAUGUAGGAGUUGGGCUGGUGAUCAAGAAGAAAGGUGAUCUUGAAGACGAGGGAUUGACGAUACUGGAGCAUCUGACAGCUGCUUUUGAGAGAGACUGGAGGUCGCGUUACGCUAAAAACCUACAGGGAAGCAAAGAUCAACAGGGAAAGUACAAAAACCUUCAACACACAAAGAAUUAUAUGGAAACUAGGAUGGGAAACAAAUGGAACAACCCUUUAUCUUUAUAAGCACAGAAUGUCUUUCUGCAUCUUAAAUAAAGCCCUGUAUGCUUGAAUACUAUAGAUUUACAAACAUGUACACGUAUAAGAAUGUAAAAUGACACUUAAUUUAACACGCAGAAUGUUUGAGCCAAAGUAAUGCUUCAGUAAUAGCAUCCAACUAACUAAUUAAUUACAGACUGUUAGCAUGUGCUGCUGCAUGAAUAUUGAAAGCAAUAUUCAAAUACCAACUAUAUACUAGGACGAGUUAUGUGAUGAUUACAAAAACAACAUGCUACAUAUAUGAUGUCUAUAAACAGUAUAUGUCCUGUCAAACUCACCAAAAACGUUUACAUUUACUGACAAUGCACUAUUUUUAUUUUCACAUGUAUUUUAUAACCUUUUUAAUGCACUUAGAUUUGCAUAGCAAAGAGAGAGAGUCCAUGUUAUAGUAUAUUGCCUGCAAUUGUAAUUAUGUCAGUUUCUGGAAUGACACACAAAGGCUUAUGCUGCAGUUUUAACAUGUGAUUAUCAUUUGUUUUCAUCUGUCUUUAUAAAAUGUUCAUUUUUCCUAAA